AUGUCUCUGACAAUACUACCACCAGAGCUGCUGCACCUGAUAGUCGACGAAGUAACAGAUACUUAUGAAGCUCGAGUCCAACCUUUGGCAAUCCUGAAGGCUCUCUAUGAUAUCGCUCGAACGAGCCAAACCGUAUGGAACACCGUGAGCUGUCGGAUGUACUGCCAUGAUGUCCAGUGGCUGCGAAGCUCGGCCCUCGUCUGGGCAGCAACAACAGGCAAUAUGUCAACUGUAAAGAGUUCUCUUGCUCAAGGUGGAAACCCACGCGCAACCAAUCAUCACCUCCAGCCCCCGCUGUGGCUAGCCGCCCGAAAUGGCCACAAGGAGGUAGUUGAGGUGCUGCUCAACUAUGGAGCCGAUAUCGAGAUCAGAAGUCCGACAGGGCUCACCCCACUUGCAAUCGCUUCGCGGGAAGGGCGAGAUGAAGUUAUGGAACUCCUACUUCACCGAGGGGCAAAAGUUGAUACCGAAACCACUGACCAUUCGACGCCCCUCCUCUGGGCCCUUCGAACGGGAGCAACAGAUGCAGUGACAAUCCUACUCAGCCAUGGGGCUAAACUUCCGAAGCCGCGUACCCGGCAAUGCCGACGAUGGGCCCUAGCUGCACUGGCUGUGGGCCCUGACCGGUGGACUCAUAUUCCUGAGAUCAAGUUGCUAAUGGAAUCGGGACGCAAUGCGGAAAUGGAGAAACACCUUUGGAAUAGCACACUGCCUCUCUCCUUGCAACACCAGCUUCUCGCCAUAUCCAGAUUCCUCCUUCUCCCAAAAAACGGAACUCCCACAGAACACAUUGCGGCACACUGUGAUCGGUCCGUUUCUGAAUAUGGAAGAUGGUUUGACACCAUUCAAGACCUGCCAUCCAGAUGGUCAAGGAGCCCGAAGGGGACCCCUUUAUGGUGGGCUGUUUACCACGGCGAAGAGGAUCUUGUUGAGCAGCUACUGAAGAUCGGCGCCCCAGUCAAUGGUCUGGUUAGGUCCUACAAUCAAACCAGGCAACCUAAUCGGCUUCUUUCCCUUGCACUAAUUAGAGGCUUUCCUGGCAUUGCAGAGCUGCUGGUGGAGUAUGGAGCCGAUCCAAACUAUGAGCUGCGAGCUGGCGACACUCCUCUCAUAAGGGCGGUGCAGACUAAUAACCUGUCCCUGGCAUCGACCAUCUUACGACAAGGAGGUAAACUGGAGGCUAAUAAGUAUUAUCACCAUCACGCGGAGCCACUGAAAAUUGCAGUUGGAAUGCAAAAUGUCCAGAUGGUGAGACUACUUCUAUUGUUCGGUGCUUGUCCGAACGUCGAGGUCGUGGCAUGGAGAAAGAAACUUCCACCAAGGCUUUCGCCGCCGUCUCGAGGUAGAGGCAGAGGCAGGGGUCCAAGACUGGCGACUUCUCAUCGUAGGUUGUGGCAGACAGUCGAAUUGGGCUCUAUGCUCAUAUACGCCACUCGGCGAGGAAACAAAGAUGUGGUGGACAUCCUAAAAGAAUUCGGGGCCGUUGAAGACAUCGAUUCCUUGGAGUACGAAGAUUAG